UUGGUUGAAUUUUCUGUCUUGGUAGUUUCUGAACCUGAUUGCUUUACAGUGACUUCUUUACCCAUCGUCCUUAACUUUAAAUUCAAUAGAGCUGGGUCCGAUUGAUUUCGAGAAGAAUGUUCAUCAAUAAUUGUUAAGCCUAAACUAUCAUUGACCUUAUCCUGCCUUGGUACCAAUAAUGAAAUUAUAUUGUGCAUACACAUUUAGUUUGAUAUCUGCUAAGAUUUAAAGCCUUAUCUAACUUACUUUAAUGAAACCAUCAAUAUCUCAGACAGCAGCGUCUUUACUGUGAUUGGUUUAAAUCGUGUGUUAAAUUAACGCUCCUCCUUGUGUCAGUGUAACUAGACUUUUACCACAAUAUGUUUUGAAUUGCUGUCUCUUGAGUAAAUUAAAUGCCCCUUGAAUUAUAGUUACACUUUACACUGUCCCACUUUGCGUUCAAAUGACCACAAGUUUAACUGCAGUGAAAACCUACGAGCGUUUACCUAAAAAUGUGAUCCCUCAACUGUACAAGUUGGAACUUACCCCUAACCUGGAAAAUUUUACUUUCACUGGAAAAGAGGAUGUCGAGGUUUCAAUUAAAGAGAGUACAAAUCAAGUUAUCCUCAAUGCAAGUCAGCUUGAGAUUCAAAAGGCGUUAUUCAAAGACCCAUCUGGCAGUACUUUAAAAGGAAACGUCACGCUUGAUACAAAGGAUGAAAAAGUAUUGAUCAAAUUCGAUGAAAGCUUGAAGAUUGGCACUGGUACCAUUUCAAUAGCCUUUUCGGGUAUUCUUAACGAUCAAAUGAAAGGUUUUUAUCGUAGUAAAUAUAGAACCCCUUCUGGAGAAGAACGAUAUGCAGCAACAACUCAAUUUGCAGCUCCUGAUGCUCGUAGAGCGUUCCCUUGUUGGGACGAACCUGCAUUCAAAGCGCAAUUUGAAGUUACACUUAUCGCUCCUAAAGAUCGAACAGUACUAUCUAAUACCGAACCAGUUCAGCAAGUCCAACACCCUGACAACGCUAAUUUGCAAAUUGUUAAAUUUGCUCCAACGCCCAUCAUGUCAAGUUAUCUACUUGCUUUCAUUGUCGGGGAAUACGAUUUCUUGGAAACAAUCACUAAGAAUAAAACUCGAGUUCGUAUUUAUACACCAGUUGGAAAAAAAGAACAAGGUCAAUAUGCAUUGGAAAUUGCCUCAAAAUCUUUAACUUUCUUUGAGGAUUAUUUCAACAUUCCUUUUCCUUUAAGCAAAUUGGACCAUAUCGCUAUUCCUGAUAUUGCAUACGGCGCUAUGGAGAACUGGGGUUUGGUAACUUAUCGAGAAGCUCGGGUUUUGGCUGAUCCAAAGAAUACCUCAGCAAUAAACCGUGAGCAAACGGCAAUUACUAUUGCCCAUGAAACUGCUCAUCAGUGGUUUGGUAAUUUAGUCACAAUGGAUUGGUGGACUGAUCUUUGGCUCAAUGAGGGUUUCGCUUCUUUCAUGGAAUACCUAGCAGUAGAUAGUAUACAUCCUGAAUUUGAUAUUUGGUCAAAAUUCGCUUCAUAUGCAGCUCUCCCAGCACUUAAACUUGAUUCACUUCGUGAUAGUCAUCCAAUUGAAGUUCCCGUUUCUCAUCCUGAUGAUAUUGACUCGCUUUUUGACUUGAUAUCUUAUGAAAAAGGAGCUUCCAUUAUCAGAAUGUGUCAUGACUGGAUUGGUGAUGAGGUAAAUUUUCUUUAAACUCAGUAUUUUCUU